GAAGUGAGGAGUCCUGGAGAUGACGCUCUGCGGUUCAGGCACAGGCGGGUCUGCCUGGGUGGGGCUUGAGGGUCUUAAAAGACAAUCACAGAGUUUCCGGCCCAUAGUUCUGUGCCGGGCACAAAAUCUUGAGAGCGGAGGGGGCAGACAACUCCCGAACUCAGGGUUUCUCCCGAGCACACUCAAUCCACUUCCUGCCUGCCGUGAGUCGGGGGCUUGCUGCCAAGAGAAGGUAGCCUUUGUGUGUCUGCUAGGUCCUGCUUCGACGGGGUAAGGACGCGAGGAAAAGUGACCAGGAAAGGAGCUGACUGACCCUUCUCGGCCCGCCCCCAGGUCACCUCUGCCUUUAAAUCUGCCCCUUCUCAGAGCCCCAGCUCUGCUUCCUGGGCUGGUUGGGGUGCCCAGACUCUUCACUGGCACGAUCCAUGGCUGAGCUGGGCUUCACGAGGCUGCGGUGGGCGCUGCUGGGCUCGCGGGUGGCCGGCCGUGGCCUUUGCCCACGAGGGGCCAGAACCAAGGCCGUGAUUCCUGCCGCCCUCCCGGGAGACCCGACAGCCGAGAGGCCUGGAGCUAGGCAGGACCGGCGGCAGCUGCGGAGCCUAGAGGAGGUUCCCAGGAUUGGACAGCUGCACUUUUUAUUCAUGCUGUUUGUACGAGGCUAUGCCCUGCGCUUCCACGAGCUCCAGGUGAUGAACAAAGCCAAGUAUGGUCCAAUGUGGAUGUCCUCCUUUGGGCUUCAAUCCUUUGUGAACCUGGCCAGUGCCCCACUCAUAGAGCAAGCGAUGCGGCAGGAGGGCAAGUACCCCAUAAGGGACCACAUGGAGCUAUGGAAGGAGCACCGGGAUCGUCAGAGCCUCCCCUAUGGGCUCUUCAUCAAACAGGGAGAGCAGUGGUACCAUCUACGCCAGGCUCUGAACCAGCGACUGCUGAAGCCAGCCGAAGCUGCACUCUACACAGAUGCAUUCAACGAGGUGAUUGAUGACUUUAUAACUCGGCUGGACCAGGUGCAAGCAGAGAGUGCCUCCAGGGAUCUGGUACCUGAUAUGGCUCACCUCUUCUACCACUUUGCCUUGGAAGCCAUCUGCUACAUCCUCUUUGAGAAACGGAUUGGCUGCCUGGAGCCCUCCAUCCCCAAGGACACCUCCACCUUCAUCAGAUCUGUUGGGCUCAUGUUCAAGAACUCGGUCUAUCUCACUUUCCUUCCCAAAUGGACUCGUCCCCUGCUGCCCUUCUGGAGGCGAUACCUGAACAGCUGGGACGUCAUCUUCUCUUUUGGGAAGAAGCUGAUUAAUCAGAAAGUCAAGGAGGUUGAAGCCCAGUUACAGGCAGCUGGGCCAGAUGGGGUCCAGGUAUCUGGCUACCUGUACUUCUUGCUGACCAAGGAACUCCUCAGUCAUCAAGAAGCCAUCAGCACAUUUCCUGAAUUGCUCUUGGCUGGUGUGGACACUACAUCCAACACAUUGACAUGGGCCCUGUACCACCUUUCAAAGAACCCAGAGAUCCAGGAGGCUUUGCACAAGGAAGUGGUGGGUGUGGUACCCUUUGGGAAGGUGCCCCAGCACAAGGACUUUGCCCACAUGCCUCUCCUCAAAGCUGUGAUUAAGGAGACCCUGCGCCUCUACCCUGUGGUCCCCACAAACUCCCGGAUAAUGGUGGAAAAGGAAACUGAAAUUGAUGGCUUCAUCUUCCCUAAGAAUACCCAGUUUGUGUUCUGCCACUAUGUGGUGUCCCGGGAUCCCAGUGUCUUUUCUGAGCCUGAGAGCUUCCAGCCUCACCGAUGGCUGAGGAAGAACGGGACUAAUAACCACAAGUUCCAACACCCAUUUGGCUCUGUGCCCUUUGGUUAUGGGGUCCGGGCCUGCCUGGGCCGCAGGAUUGCAGAGCUGGAGAUGCAACUGCUGCUGUCAAGGCUGAUACAACAGUAUGAGGUGGUCCCAGCCUCUGGGAUGGGGGAGGUGAAGAGUAUGGCCCGAAUUGUCCUGACUCCCAACAAGAAGGUGAGCCUGCGCUUCCUGCAGAGACAGUGCUGAGAUGGGCUACCUCUAUGGGCUUGCACAGAAACCUGGCACAGCAGCCCCUGGCCAAGCUCAUGUCAAAUGUCAAGAUUUCAGAUUCAACAGAGGAGCUCUGUGCCCUUCCCACAUAUCUUAAACUUCUGACUUGAUUACCACUAAGCAGUGCCACUCAGACAAUAGAGUGCCUCAUAUUGCAUUGAUGCCAUUGGGUAAAAUUUUAAAUAAAAUCUAGAAUACUA